AUGGCCGAGUAUUGGUUGGAGGCCAUGGAAAGGAUUAUGAAUGAUCUAGACUGCAUUCCUGAGCAGAAAUUGAAGGGUACGGUCUGUCUACUUCGUGAUAAGGCUUUUCAGUGGUGGCUAACUGUUGAAGAGGCUACUCAGCCUGAUUGUUUGACCUCAGACUUUUUUAAGACCACUUUCCAGAGCAAGUAUGUGGGAGAGAGCUAUGUGAAUGCUCGUAGGUGUGAGUUCAUGAAUCUCACGCAAGCUGAUAGGUCAGCAGCUGAGUUUCUGAGGUUGAGCUGCUAUGCUCAAAGCAUGGUGGCAUCAGAGUACGAGAGGUGUGUCCAUUUUGAGGACGAGAAGGCUAAGAUUAUUAAGGAUGUUAACCGCAUGGAGUGCCAAAACAGGGACAGAAAGAGGGGUAAGAACAAGAGAGAUUCGGAGCCCUCAAGUUCUAUGCAGAGGCCAAAGAAAAAGCCAUGCAAUGAUUGUGGUAGGCAUCAUCCAGACGAGUGUUGUAGGAGGAUAGGGGCUUGUUUGAGGUGUGGUUCUUUUGAACACCGUAUUAGGGAUUGUCCACAUCGGUUAGAUCUGAUGCAAGCUUCAGUUUCGGGUUCUGUGCAGCAUCAGAGAGUAGUUACGCAGCCACCUAGGGGCCGUGAAGCAGCUAGGAGUGGUAAUGGUUUGGGUCGUGGAUAG